CGUCGUCAUCGAAGUUUUUUUCAUUCUCAUACCACUUCGCUGUUGUGGUGUCUCAUUUUACUUGUAGGGGAUAUACUUGUGGCUUGCCUAAUAGCAACGCUUGUCACAACUUCAUCUGGACAUUUAACGAGAGUUUUGCAGAGAUGUCAUCCCCAACUGAUCUACGGGACAGUGAUUCACCCGAAGCCGUGAGUCGAGAGCGAGCUAUGGAGGAGCGCAAAGCCCAAGUAACAAGUCAUCCAUUCAGCGUGGAAUCGCUAAUGUCACGCAGUAAGAGCCAUAAGGAGGUCCCAGCUAAAGCCGAGGAAACAUCGUGGAACAGUUUUGUACGGACACACUCCGUUCUGUGUCCCAGUAGGGAUACGUGCAGUCCGGAGGGAAUAAUAACGCACAUCACUCCAACCUCACCCGUCAAACUAGAGUCGCUGGAGUCGGAGGAAGACUGUAGUUCUUGGGGAGCGAACUCCAAAUUCUCAGCACAACCACGCGGAGUGAGUGCUGCCUGUCUGCUGCGAAAGCACAAGACCAACCGCAAACCUCGCACACCCUUCACUACCUCCCAGCUGCUGGCCCUGGAGAGAAAGUUCCGCCAGAAGCAGUACCUAUCCAUCGCGGAGCGGGCCGAGUUCUCCAGCUCACUCACACUCACCGAGACCCAGGUGAAGAUCUGGUUCCAGAACCGUCGGGCCAAGGCCAAGAGACUGCAGGAGGCCGAGCUGGAGAAGCUGAAGAUGAGCUCUAAGCCCCCGCUGCCCCCGCACUUUGGCCUGCCUUUCCCCCUCAGUGCCAUGUCUCUGUACGGACACACCUACCAUUACCCCAGGCCCCUGGUGCCCCUGACCCCUACUGCACUCUACGGCUCACCACUGGGCUACAGCAUGUACCCCCUCUCUUGAGAGACACAGGCACAGUGUGUUUCAUGCCUCCUUUUAAAGUUAGCUUGUAUAAUCUUUUUGUGUGUUUGUUGUGUGUAUGGACAGUUCAUAACUGCCCUGCUAUCGGAGGGAGUUUGUCUCAAAUUUUAAGAUGGAUUAUGAAGCUACAAACCGUGUUCUGACGAAGAUUGAUCCGCUUGUCUUUUUUGUAUAUCUACGGAUGGAUUUUUUUUCACAAAGCCAAAUGACUGCCAGUCUCACAACCAGAGCAUUUUGUAUUGUAGAGAGUACUUCAGCAGCACUUCCAAAGCAGGCCUGGAUGUCCCAUGGACAGUUGUGUACAGAAUCAGUGUCAUGGGAAUAUUGCAUUCUGCCUUUGGCCAUAAUGACGUUACCUUUCUGAUAUUGUGAUGAGAUUUUAACUUUUUUUUUUAAUUAUUUAAAGUGAAGUUGUAGUCAAGUUGAACUUGUCUCUACUCCAAAUUAAGUGGGUUGGAUUUUUACUGAGUACAAGACCAAAACAAAACAUUAUAGGGGUGUACUUUAUAAAAAAUGUAAACUAGAGUUUUAUUUUCUGUGAGUUUGUUUUUUUACUCUUAAAAAUGACAAAUUCUCCUGGCAGCACAGACAGCACUGUAUGCUUUGUUUUAGUUUUAUUUAUUUCCUUAAUUCCGAAAGAUGACUGUUCAGGGUCACAGAUUU